CAGACUCCCUCUGGAGUCGACCAAUGAGCACAUACGCUUCUGGCAACCCCUAGCCGAUUGGUUACUGCACACGGUAUGAACCCUCCCCUUGCUAUUGUACACCAGGAUCAAUUCGAGUUUGGUCCUGCGUGCUGCAUCCUCCUGCCGACUUUUUCAUCUCUGGUCGUGGGCGCGCAUAUAAAGCCAAAUCCCCGGGGUCUUAUCAAAUCAUUUCCUGUUUGGUCGUCGUAAUUGAAUCUUCGUAAUCAUAUUAAUAUUAACGUGAUAGUAAAAAAAGUUAAAAAUGAGUCGUCACAAUUCGCAACUUCCUGAUUCUUCGUCAUCUCCGCCAAUAAAUCUUCAAUAUGGAUACAACGCCCAGGAUGACCUCUCCGAAGAAGAAUUAUCCGAAUUACCAAGUUGUGCGUUUGCAUCUCGUGCUUCUAGCAGCACAAACUCACUGCAACAUCACUAUUUGUCAAAUAUGCAUCAUUCGAAUGAACCGCAUCAAGUCGGCGGCUCGUCUUUGACGGGCGGCGGCGGCGGUAAUGGCGGCGAUUACUAUUCCACCUCACCGUAUCGUGUCCAACGUCAUGCCGCCAACAUCCGCGAGAGGAAACGCAUGCUGAGGUCUGCUAUAGGACCCACCGGCAGCAUAAACUCGGCUUUCGACGAAUUACGAAUGCAUGUACCGACAUUCCCGUACGAGAAACGCCUCAGCAAAAUCGACACUCUUCGCCUCGCCAUUGCAUACAUAGCACUCCUUCGCGAGGUCCUCACGGCUGAUUGUGAUCCUCUCACUUACGUUGAAAGGUGUCUACGUGGUGAAAUCAAGGCUGAGCGUGCCAACUGGAAUACAAGUGGUAAAAAUUUCAUUCGCCGAAUUAUACUCAAUCGUAACAUAAUCGUAUUUGGUGGUGAUUUGUGGCAAACAGAUUUGACUGCGCGUCUAUCGUGGAUCAAUUGGGAAAAUCUGGGCGUGAACCCGAAUCGACGCAGCGCGCUCACUUCCCUAGCGCUUUCUUCAGACAAUCUUCACUAGAAAUCAUCCUAAUGUGUAAAUAUGUACAGAUAAACAUCGACAUAAUUUAAUAAUUUAAUGGUGCAAUAAUGCCGUGAACUUAUGGAUAAA